AUGCCUCGCGUCGCAUCUCGUUCCACACUGCCCUGCUCGAAAUCAGCCCUCACGUAUCGACACCGAGCUGUGAUGGAUCAAGCACACCGAGGCCAACCCAGAUGGGUGGAUAUUUCGGUAUGGUUUCCCGAGGGCUACUGGGCUGAACGCGAAAUAGCCGUCGUCGACCUGCGCCGAACCACGCCAAGCAAGCUGUUCAGCUGGCGGAGUCGCUCUCUCAAGUCCAUCAGCGAUCCGCCAGGGCGUCGCAUAGGAGGCAGCGAUGAUCACGGCCCGUCACCCAAAAGCCUCACGCCAAAGGCACAGCCUUUCAUGACGUCGGCGCCAAACUCGCCUUCACUCUCGAUGCUGAAGCCCGCCACGCCGAUGAGCCCUUAUGCCUCGGAGGAAGCCCACGUCGCGUCUCUACAAGGGCCCUCAUCGCAGAAGCUGCGUGAAUGGAGCGAGAGCUCUUUCAAGAGCACGCGCCGAGGCGUUCCGAGAGCUGAAAUGGACGACAUCUCGCCUCUCGAUGUCGUGUUUGGGGUGCAAAUAUCCGAAGAGAAGGAAGUCGCGGCGACGGCCACGACGGGCCUCAGACGGACGCUCUUGGGGCGAACAUUGCUUGACCGGCUGCAAAACAGAUCACCAGCGCGUCUGCCCAGCUCGCCCGCGAGCUCCAAGUCUGAUCUGGCGUCCAACGACAGUCUGCCCCAUGGAUGCAGCCCUCCAGAGAAAGCUCCAGUGGAGAACGGAGCAGACCCGCUGCGCGCAGUCAGGAGUCUGGCUAGAUCAGCGUCGUGGCUCAAGGGCGAAAGCGGCAGCAACAAGUUCGGCAAGAGAUGGUUCGGCAAGGCACCCUGGCAUCGAAAGGAGUCUGGUGCCUCGGCCAUGAGUGCUGCCAGUUCGGUUCGAGGAUUACUCGCCGGAAGCACACCACCCGUCACACCAUCCAAGGAGAUGCAGCUCGACUACUACACCUCUGGCUAUCCAGGAGGGGAAGCCACUCGUAUCAAGACGCCCCCUCUUGUGGAAGAUUCUGCUACCGGGCACCCCAGAUCCUUCUUUUCCCAAACCCGGCCGCCCGGGAACCUGGAAGGGGCCGACUCGUGGACAGUCAUCUCGGCCUCGCAGAAGAGCUCGCCCAGGUCGACGACGUACAGCCAGGAGGGCGGCCACUUGUCCAAGACGAAGGAGUGGUGGGAGGCGAUGCCGUCGAAGCCCGUCAGGCGCAACCCGACAGACUCGGACCUGGGUGUGAUGGACUUUGAAUUUGAUCUCCCAGAGCACCUCCCAACGAGUCCCACAUGUCCAGCGAACAGCAAGCACGAAUCCAGAGGAUUGGGUGUUUGUGUUUAUCAUGGCCGUGGCAAGGGCGCUUCAGGUCUUCGAAAGGAGUUCAGGCCGAGGCGCGAAGGCUCAGAAGUGUCCAUCACCAAUGCCGACUAUGACGGAACGUGAUGCAAAGUGGGACAGAAACAAGAGGCAGCACCAACUACCUGUUCAUGGUCAAGAGUGGUGGGCAUGACGGAUGGAAAAAGGCGAAUGUUGGUGUCGUGCUGUGCUGUGGGCGUCGCUCUUUGGAGCUUUGGAGGGUGCAGGAUAGCGAUUCCCUGAAGAACAAACAAUGACAGAGAUUAGGCCAUUAUGAUUAAAGACAUGUCUCUGUUGAUGCUCCGCAGCAUCGAGACGUGAGACGUGAAU